CAGUUGUCUGAUGCCGAUCCACACAGCUCGGGAGCUGAGGGAUCCGGGAAGCAGAAAGGGAAAAAGAAGCAGUAACGGAGCUAGCGCGCGGUCUUAGUUUCCUUUGUCUCGGCUAAACAACAUUCCGCAUUUAUUCUUUCACCCUAUCCUGAUACCAGUGAAGUUCACCGGCUCUUGGUUCCUUUCACAAUAAGGUCGCUCUACGAACAAGAUAUUGUCCUAGUUCAAGUCCAAACACGAAAUUGCCGCUCAAGCCCAAUAGACUCGGUAUAUUAAGCUCGGCUAGGCCCCGACAAAUCCACGUCUUUUCGUCUUUCUCAUCACGUUGCUCUACAUUGACGUAUCGUUGUGAGAUCAUUACCGUUGUUCUUGGGUGGUUAGAGCACACCUUGACAAUCUACAAAUUCUCGCUGGGGCGAUCUUGCCUACCAGUCCGCUGUUUCUCACAUCGUGUAAAUCUUUGACAAGUGGAGCAUAAGCAAUGGCUUCUAGUUCGACGCAGAUCAACGGAUGCUCCAAGUGUGGCAUCGGUUGCUCUGGCGGAUGUGGAGGAAAGCCCGUGGCCUGGGAGAGGCUCACUCCUGACCCAAACACGAUGAUCAGAUGCACUGUUUGCGGAAGCAGCUGCCUUUUCCAGUGCAUGGAACGCCAUGUUACUCGAUACUAUGCGUGCCACAAUCGAGCCUGUCCCAUGCAUAACGGGGCUAGCAAGGUCGACCCAUACAGGGGCGUGAUCUAUCCAUCAAAUGCUCCGCAUCCGGCUUAUCAUCCAGAUUACUACAAUAGGCGAGCGGACUCCAAUCAAAACUACCAAGGCUAUCAGCAGGAGAGCCGAAAUGACGCUCACCCAAGGGAGCGCCGCCCCAAGACCUCGGGAGAGGACCGCCCCAGGCCCAAGGACAGCCCAGAAGAGAGAAAUUCAAGGGAGAGCCGCCAGAAGGAGAAUCGCCAGAGGGAGCCUAGCCGCCCGAGGAACGUCUUGAGGAAGAGCCGCCCAAGGGAGCGCAGCCGCCCGAGGGAGAGCCCCCAAAAGGAGUCAAAGGACAGCCGCCCGACGGAAAGCAUCCCAAAGGAGAACCGCCAAAGAGAGCCUAGCCGCCCAAGGGAAAGCCGUCGCAAGAGCUUUUGCGAGGAUUUUUUCCAGGAUAUUUUCCAGGGGGCCCACCGAAGAGGGCGACGCCAUAGCGAGAGCCACACCAGGAGCAGACCAGUGCCAAACCCCUGGCUUGAGCCUGAGGAAGAUGCUGUCUUCAGUGCGUACCAUGAGGAUCCUGGGACGUAUCGCGAUUACCAGUACCAGUACCAGUACCAGUAUUACUACUAUUAGGUAGGUCAGGUAGGUAGGUACGGCUGAGAUAACAGCCCUGCUCGGGCGAUUAUCCAAUGGAUCCCAGUUGAGCCAAAGCACAACCUUUGGGUGUUCUUGGGCUUCAAAGUUUCCUGUUUGGGCUGCAGGUGGGAGGCUGAGAGGUCACAACUGCCCGACAACGCAAGGUAGGUCAGGUUGUGCAAGUUACGUUCAGACCAA